UGGACCUGAUUAUAAAAGAUCUGGAAGUUUUUUGGGGUGUUACUUUUCAUCUGAAACUGCCAGCCUCAGAAUGUUGACCAUUGCUAUACUAGCCCUUCUUUGUGCCUCAGCCUCUGCCAAUGCCAUUCAGGCUAGGUCUUCCUCCUAUAAUGGAGAGUAUGGAGGUGGUGGAGGACAGCGAUUCUCUCAUUCUGGCAACCAGUUGGACGGCCCCAUCACUGCCAUCCGUAUCCGAGUCAACAGAUACUACAUUGUUGGGCUCCAGGUGCGCUAUGGCAAGCAGUGGAGUGAAUAUGUGGGUGGCUCCCAGGGGGACCUGGAGGAGAUCUUUCUGCACCCUGGGGAAUCAGUGAUUCAGGUGUCUGGCAAGUAUAAGUACUACCUGAGGAAGCUGGUCUUUGUGACGGACAAGGGCCGAUACCUGCCUUUUGGGAAAGACACAGGCACGAGUUUCAAUGCUGCCCCUUUGUAUCCCAACACCGUGCUCCGAUUCAUCAGUGGCCGUUCCGGUUCUCUCAUCAACGCCAUUGGCCUGCACUGGGAUGUCUACCCUAGUGACUGCAGCAGCUGCUGAGCCCCAGCCUCCCCUUCGGCAGGGUCACUGUGGUGGGGUGAGGGGAUGCCCUUACCACUAACCCCCAACCAAAUGGCUCAAUAAAAGGAUAUGGCUAAAGCUA